AUGGCAGAAAAAGCACCUUCCGUCGCCUCUUCGACGCCCUCCACCAGUUGGAAAGGAUGGUUGUGGGAUUCGGCUGAUGUCUCCAAGGAAGAACGGAGAUUUCUUCUCAAGUUGGAUGCCACUCUCUUGACAUUUGGGACUCUUGGAAUGUUAAUCAAAUGGAUCGAUACCUCCAAUAUCACCAACGCCUUUGUCUCAGGCAUGAAAGAAGACCUCAAUCUCUACCAGAAUCAGUACAACUACAUCGUCGUUUCAUGGACGGUGGGAUAUAUAAUCGGGCAAUGGCCAUCGAACUUCAUCUUGACUCGAGUCCGCGCUCAUAUCUGGAUCCCUUUCCUUGAAAUUGGAUGGACAAUCUUCACCUUUGCUCUUGCGGGUGCAAAAUCAUACCAUGCAAUGCUCGGUCUUCGAUUCGUCGUCGGUCUGUUUGAAGCGGGUUAUUGGCCAGCUCUUUACUACAUUCUUGGAUGUUGGUACAAUAAACGCGAACUUGGAAAACGAAACGGUAUUCUGCAAUCCGCGGUAUCCAUCGCACCGAUCUUCAGCGGAUUCUUGCAAGCUGGUAUCUACAACUCUCUUGAUGGCCAUGCUGGUCUCGCUGGAUGGAGAUGGCUUUUUGUCAUCAACGGCGUCAUUUCAUUCCCAGUUGCCGCUCUCGCGUAUUUCUGCUUGCCCGACACUCCUGGAACUGCGAAGCCCAACUGGCUGUUCACCGAGCGUGAGAUUGAAAUUGCUAGGGAAAGAAUGUCAAGAGUCGGCCGUGCUCCUGAAGGCAAACCAUACACAGCGAAAGUCAUUCUCGGUUACUUUACCAGCUGGAAGACAGUUCUCUUCACGCUGAUCUUCACAAUGCAACCCUUUGGAAGUCAGCCAUUCACUGCUUUUGUUUUCUGGCUCAAAGCACACAACAAGAAAGGUCAACCGCCUGUCUACACAGUUGCCCAGAUCAACGAAUAUCCAACCAUUGGCAACGCCUUCACUGCCGUAUACUCUCUCCUAGCCGUCUGGAUCUCUGACGGACCCUUGAGAGGCCGCCGGUGGCCAAUUAUACUGUUUUCAAAUCUCGUGGCCAUCAUCGUCUUCACGCUACUCGCCGUCACUCCUGUAUUUGGCCCAUUCUCUCAUCGGGCACCACUUUACAUUGUGUCAGGAAUUGGUGGGAGUAUGGUUCCAUUGACCAUGGCGUAA